AUGCCUGCUGCCGUUGCAAAACCCGUUCUCCCUCCACUCCAGACUCCAAAGUCUUCGACAUUCCCGUCUGAGAUCUUGAGUCCACUGCCCAGUUCUCUCAGUACCGUCAAACAAGAGGAGGACAUGAGAACCCCAAUUACACCUCCUGUUGCCUACACCGACUUUCUAAAAACCCUCACGCCAGUCCUCUCCACUGCUAGCCCGAGAAGUGCUUUACCCCGGAGUUACUCCUUCGAAUCAUCUUCUGGCAAAUCGACACCCACCAGCGAACCUUCGACGGCCAACUCGGGCAGCUUCCCAUUCUCUCGCCGUGAUACCCAUAAAUCUCCGCCUGCUUCUGCUGCUACGGUCCCUAAAUCUCCCUUCACUCACCACAGAUCUGCUCGCUCUCCGACCGAUCUCAGACGCAUACGCAUACCACCCUCACCUCUUUGCUCCCCUGGCAACGACUCGCCACGGAGCGCUUCAAUCAACGCAAUGCGAUCUCCAUUUUCACCCGCCGAUUGGGCUCUCGACAGCAACGGUACCAGAUACUUCGAAACACCAAGAAGUGCUUGUGUACGGCCUGUCAGCGUUCGAUCUGUCGUUACGAGGACUGUGACAUACAAGAGAACACCGCCCCUUGAACCUGCUCCAAAGGGCAAGAAGAGGAAAAUGAGCGAGAAAUCGAUGUCACCACAACCGGUUCUUGCGACAACACCACCGACAGCUGUGGCUUAG